AGAUGCACAUGUGUGGGGAGAGGAAACAGGCAGCCCUGCCUGUGAGCAGCCCUUAACCCCUUCUGCGCGGAGCGAGCCGGCGGAGAGCUGGGGAAGGGGACCCCCCGCUGCACCACCUCCCAGCCUGAGCCUGCCCGGCGAGGGCGACGCGAGCCGGGGCUCCCCGGACCCCAGCCGAGGGAGCAGCAUGAGCGCCUGGAGCUGAGGUUGCCUGCAGCAGGAGGAGGUCGGCAGAGCACAGCGGUCCCCCACACGGCUUCCCCGGUGUCCCCUCGCCGCCCAACAUGUCCUUUGCCAUGCUGCGCUCGGCCCCCAGCCGGUACCUGUACCCCGAGAUCAGCAUGCUGUCCGAGGAUGAGGAGAACGGCAGCGAGAGCUCCGGCUCGGACGAGAAGCCCUACCACCUGGACGCCGACGGCUACGGCAUCAAGGCCAGCAAGCGCAGGAGCGGCAAGAAACCCAACCGGAUCAACAGGGAGCCCCGGCAGCGUCACACGGCCAACGCGCGGGAGCGUGACCGCACCAACAGCGUCAACACUGCCUUCACCGCCCUCCGCACCCUCAUCCCCACCGAGCCGGCCGACAGAAAGCUCUCCAAGAUCGAGACCUUGAGACUGGCCUCCAGCUACAUCUCCCACCUGGGGAACGUGCUGCUGGUGGGGGAGGCGUGCGGGGAUGGGCAGCCCUGCCACACCACCCCUGCCUUCUACCACCACGGCGGCAGCAGCCCCCCCGCGCGCGACACCGAGAACUCCCAGCCCAAACAGAUCUGCACUUUCUGCCUCAGCAACCAGAGGAAGCUGAGUAAAGACCGAGACAGGAAGACGGCGAUUCGGAGCUAGAUGAUCAUAGUUUUCAGGAAGGACAACAAGGAGGAGCAGAAGGAGGAAGGAUGGAAAAGCCACACACACAAAACCACAGCCA